AGACGGCUGGCAUGGUGUUGGCGUUGGGUCCUUGGCUUUUUUCGGAGGGGGAAGCCCGAGCGGAGAAGCCACGAUGGAAACGCCGCCGCCGCUGCUGCUGCUCCAAGCGUUGGGAUGUACCAAAUUAUGCCAGCAGAAACCUCUGGAUUUGAAAGAUAAUACUGAAGAACACUGUUUUGUUAGAGUGAAUCCUUGGCACAUGAAGAAAGCUUUUAAAGUUUUGAAUGAAUUAAGAAGUCAAAACCUAUUAUGUGAUGUGACAAUAGUAGCCGAAGACGUGGAAAUUGCAGCUCAUCGAGUUGUAUUAGCAGCUUGCAGUCCAUAUUUUUAUGCAAUGUUUGCAGGUGAAAUGAGUGAAAGUCAAGCAAAGAAUGUUCGAAUCAAAGAAGUUGAUGGUUGGAUCCUUAAGAAGCUUAUUGAAUACAUUUACACAGGUGAAAUUACAAUUACAGAAGAAAAUGUACAGGUACUACUCCCAGCAGCUAGUUUGUUGCAGCUGCAGGAUGUAAAAAAAGGUUGCUGUGAUUUUUUGGAAAUUCAGCUUCACCCUACCAACUGUUUGGGUAUUCAAGCAUUUGCUGAUAUGCAUGCCUGCAUUGAGCUUCUGAAUAAGGCCAACACAUACACAGAACAGCACUUUACUGAGGUUGUAUUAGGUGAUGAAUUUCUCAGUCUUGGUGUAGAACAGGUGUGCAGCUUAAUAUCCAGUGACAAACUAACAGUAGCUUCAGAAGAAAAGGUAUUUGAAGCAGUGAUUGCUUGGGUUAACUAUGACAAAAAUGUGAGGCAAGAACUCAUGGCACGUCUGAUGGAACACGUUCGAUUACCUUUGCUGUCAAAAGACUAUUUGGUCCAGAGAGUUGAAGAAGAGAUACUUGUUAAAAAUAGCAGUGCAUGUAAAGAUUACCUAAUUGAAGCAAUGAAGUACCAUUUGUUGCCACUUGAGCAAAGAACAUUGUUUAAGUCCACACGAACAAGGUUAAGAACACCUUCCUGUCUUCCAAAGGUGAUGGUAGUGGUAGGAGGGCAAGCACCAAAGGCUAUCCGCAGUGUGGAGUGUUAUGAUUUUAAAGAACAGCGAUGGCACCAAGUGGCUGAACUGCCUUCCAGAAGAUGCAGGGCAGGAGUUGUACACAUGAAUGGCCUUGUCUUUGCUGUUGGUGGCUUCAAUGGCUCCUUGAGGGUUCGUACUGUGGAGUCUUACGAUCCAGUAAAAAACAAGUGGACAAGCAUUGCUAGCAUGCAAGACAGAAGAAGCACUCUGGGCGCUGCCGUAUUAAAUGGGCUUCUAUAUGCUGUAGGAGGUUUUGAUGGGAGUACAGGUUUAUCCUCAGUAGAAGCUUAUAAUAUGAAGACUGAUGAAUGGUUUCAUGUAGCUCCAAUGAACACAAGGAGAAGUAGCGUUGGAGUAGGUGUAAUGGGAGGUAUGCUGUAUGCAGUUGGUGGCUAUGAUGGUGCAUCGCGUCAGUGCCUUAGCACAGUGGAAUGCUAUAACUAUAAUUCAAAUGAGUGGACCUAUGUUGCAGGAAUGAGUACUCGACGUAGUGGAGCUGGUGUUGGGGUUUUAGGUAACUUACUCUAUGCAGUUGGAGGACACGAUGGCCCUUUAGUUAGAAAAAGUGUUGAAGUUUACGAUCCCACAAUUAACGUAUGGAAACAAGUUGCAGAUAUGAACAUGUGUAGGAGAAAUGCAGGGGUGUCUGCUGUGAAUGGACUGUUGUACGUGAUUGGAGGAGAUGACGGCUCUUGUAACUUGGCCACAGUGGAAUAUUAUAACCCAGUGACAGAUAAAUGGACAGUUGUAUCAUCAUGUAUGAGUACAGGAAGAAGUUAUGCAGGUGUGACUGUUAUAGACAAACCAUUGUGAAUUGGUGCAGAUAUUUUCCCUCUUGAUUAUGCACUUAAAAGCAAGCUUUUGCAAGUAGCGUUGAAGUGAUGAAGCAUCCAAGCACUUCUCAACUUGUAGCUGUGCACUGAGACAUGUUGGAAA